UGUUCCCAACGCUGUUCGACGCGACUGCUUCUUUGACCUGGACGGUUCUCUCUUUUACCACACGCUCUUUGUGGGGAAUUUUCUGUGUUGUUUCUUGUUAUCUCAUUAUUUGUUACCUGAUCACUCUUUCGGAUUGUCUUUGCAGCUGCAGAGAGGUCACAGAAGACAUGCGCUGAUCUUCCAGAUCCCUCGCUCAACCGUCGUUACACAUAUUAAUUCGAGCGCACACGCACACGCCCGAUCCCCUUAUCGACGUCUUGCCCGCUCGCUCUUGUACAUACACUCAUCAUGACUUGGACACCGGCGAAUACCAUGCUCCCGCGGGACGAGAGCGUAAAGAAGAAGUUCGAGCAGUUGCUGUCGGACAACCCACUAGGCGCAACGGUCUCGCAAGACUCAGUCAUAAUCGCUAUAGGAACAUCGCUCGCUAUCACUUCCGCUAUAUUUGUCGGGUUUUUACUCUUGCGACCAUUUAAUACCAUCGUUUACGCUCCCCGUCUCCGCCACACCGACGAGAAGCAUCGACCGCCACCGAUAGGCAGAGGCCUCUUCGCGUGGUACAAACCGGUUUUCAAAACAAAUGAAGAUGAAUAUGUGGAGAAGAUUGGCCUCGACGCAACAAUAUUUCUGCGCUUCGCCCGAAUGUGCAGGAACAUGUUCGUCAUCCUAGCAAUCGUGGGUUGCGCCAUCAUCGUGCCCGUAAAUGUCACACGAUCGGUGGAAUUCCAGAAGAAGUUCAACAAGGCAAACGCAAAGACGGCCAUCAUCCUGAUGACGCCUAGAGACCUCAUGGGCAACAUCUUCUGGGCUUUUGUCGUGCUAGCCUACGUUGUCGACAUCGUUGUGUGCGGCUUUCUGUGGUGGACCUACCGUGCUGUCCAUCGAUUGCGACGCAAGUAUCUAGAGAGUCCAGAGUACCAGAACAGCCUCCACUCGCGGACCCUAAUGAUCACCGACAUCGACCGGAACCUUCGAAGUGAUCAGGGUAUCCUUGAAGUGACGGACAGCCUGCGGACUACGCCCGAGGUGCCCAGAGCCUCAAUUGGCCGGAACGUGAAGGAUAUCCCAGAUCUCAUUGAGGCGCAUGAAGAGGCAGUCAUGGAAUUGGAGACGGUGCUAGCGAAGUACCUGAAGAAUCCAAAUCGUCUUCCUGCAGAUCGUCCACUAUGCACACCAUCAAAGAAAGAUCUCGAACAUACGGACAAAAAACAGAAGGUGGAUGCGAUCGACUACCUCACAGCCCGGAUCCAGCUCUUAGAAGCUCAGAUCAAAGAAGUCCGUGAAACCGUCGACAAGAGAGAUGCAAUGCCUUAUGGCUUUGCAAGUUACGAGUCUAUUGAGUCUGCACACAGUGUGGCAUUUGCAGCCCGCAGCAAGCACCCCAAGGGAACUACUGUACGGCUUGGCCCCAAACCGAAAGACAUCAUUUGGAAGAAUCUGCCUUUGGAUCCGAAAACUAGGCGCUGGAGACGGAUCGUUAACAACUUCUGGAUCUCCCUUCUGACGGCCCUCUAUUUCAUCCCCAACGCCUUGAUCGCCGUGUUCCUAUCCAAGUUUACUAAUCUCGCCUACGUCUGGAAAGAUUUCUCGACCGAGUUCAACGCGCAUCCGCGAUUUUGGGCAGUCGUGCAAGGUCUUUUGGCUCCCGCGCUGACGUCGUUGUUCUACUACUUUUUACCAAUUAUAUUCCGUCGGUUGUCCAUGAAGGCAGGGGACCUUACUAAAACUUCACGAGAACGACACGUCACCGCCCAGCUGUACGCCUUCUUUGUUUUCAACAACCUUUUCGUGUUCUCGCUCUUCAGUGCCGUGUAUGGCAUGGUCGUGUUAAUCGUCAAAUUGGCGAAAGACCAAAAGAUGCCUUACAAAGCCAUCAUCAAGGAGCUUGACUUCUUUGUCACGAUUAUGAGAACACUAUGCGAAGUCUCGCCCUUUUGGGUAACUUGGCUUGUUCAGCGUAAUCUGGGUGCGGCUGUUGAUCUUUCCCAAGCUGUCAAUCUUGCUUGGGGCAGCUUCUCGCGCAAGUUUUUGAAUCCGACACCGCGAGAGCUUAUCAUGCGUACAGCGCCGCCUCCGUUUGAUUAUGCCAGUUACUACAACUAUUUCCUUUUCUAUUCGACAGUGGCCCUGUGCUUUGCUCCAUUGCAACCGAUUACUUUGAUCGUUGUUGCUUUCUACUUCUCUUUGGACUCCUGGAUGAAAAAGUAUCUCCUAAUGUACGUCUUCUGCACCAAGAACGAGUCAGGGGGUGCUUUUUGGCGCGUUCUCUUCAACCGCAUGUUGAUCGGGACUUUCUUGUCUAAUUGCAUCGUUGCACUGUUGGUGGUUGCUCGCGGGUUUGAUGCGAAGUGGAUGAUGCUUGGCGCCAUGGCCCCCCUUCCUCUGGGGUUGCUCGCGUUCAAGUUCUACUGCAAGAACACGUACGACAACUCACUGAAGUACUAUACCAAGGGCGAAACGUCUAAGGGAGGAGAGGCUCCUACGCCGAUUGAUAAGGAAUCGCGAAGGCGGGAUCGAGUUGCCGUUCGCUUCGGCCAUCCUGCACUUUACCAGAAGCUGACCGUGCCAAUGGUACACGAAAAGAGCAAGCACCUCCUCGGCGAAGUCUACCGCGGACGACUAGACGGAGAUCUAGGCGAUACAGCAGCUUUCAGCGACGUCUACACCAUGAAGCGAAUGAGCAAGGAGCAUCCUGGCAAGGCCGCAGCAGGACCCGCGCCCUUCGAAUUCGUAUCAGAAAAUAAAAUGGACUUUGAGAACUUCAAAGACCGACCCGAAUUCAGCGACGAGCACGGCGGCGAAGGUUCUGUAUACGGCGCCAGUAUCAGCCGCCCCGAUACACCCGGCUCCACGUUCAGCGACAGUCAACGCGGACGAUCAUCAUCACGAGACUCGGAGAGGACAGUGGGCAAUGAUGAGCUUGGUGUCACAUACCCGGCAGGUUAUCAUCAAACGCCGAGUGCCUUGAGAGAGUACAGCCCGAGCCCAGACCCUGCAUUGAGGAGAGUAGAUAGCAGUUCUAGCAUUCCGUAUCAGAUCCACGACGAUAGGAAUCUGCUGGCUGAUGCGGCGCCAAUGGGGAAUCAAGGGACGGUGUACACGCCGUACAGCCCAGAGAGGGAUGGACAGAAGGAUUAUUUCCGCCGAUGAGGAAUGUGAGUAAUUAAGAUAAAUGUACACUGAGACGAAUCUCCUUAACUUUGUUAUCAUAUGUCUGGCAUGGCAUUGGAGGGAUAUAUGCAUCUAGAUGGCGCUCAGAUUUGGGUAUUCAAUCGAUGAAAGGGGAUGAGAUGGAGGAAGUUCUAAACACCAUGUCUGCGACAUGAACGCAUUUGAAGGUUGAGAAAUCACAUAUCUUACCUGUGUAGUCAGUCUCCCUACAACUAGAUUGAGUUGAAGUGUCUAUGUGAACUAAACGUAUUAUAGUCCUAAUCACCAGC